AUGAGCGCUCCGGACAUUGCUUUCGAGCACGAAACUGCUUUCCAAUUAUUGCUUCGUUUGAAGCCCGACGAGCUGUUUUUGAACUCGAAACUCGCGGCGCUCAAUCCGAUUCUGGCGCUCCUUCCCGGAAGAUGCUACGAAAUCGAUGGAGAUAUCGGAGUGGGAAAGACUCAAGUUCGCUAAAAACCUAAAAUCCUUAUAAAAACUUGCUCAAAAUUAUAGAUCUGCUACUCCCUCGUCGCUAAGUUUUUCGAGACGAAAAAAACGGCGAAAAUCGGAUGGAUUUCCGCAAUUCCGAUGCGAACCGAUCACUUUUCACUCCAUUUGAGCGCGCAAAACGAGCACGAAAUGGAGCGGAUUGUGUGCAAACGGGCAGAAAAUAUCAAAGAACUCUGCGGAGCAUUGGACCGGCUCGCCGAGCUGAUGAACGUGCAAUUGAUUGUCGUGGAAGACGUGGACGCACUUUUGCACGACACCGUCUACGAAAGGGAAUCUGGAAGACAGACGCAGACGGCGGUGGCCGAGAAACUGCGGAAACUGACGAGGAACGGAGCGACCGUCGUGAUUACGAACCACAUUGUAAACUGAUCUUUUUGUGCAUGUUCUCAUGCUCCAAUUUCCAGACUCAUUGGCGCGGUUUCCCGGCGCCGGCGCUCGGAAUUCACUGGGAAUCCCAAAUUGCGCAUCGUAUUUACGUGGAAAAACUGGAAGAUCGACCGGAUGUCAGAGAGAUUUCCACGCUGGUAAAUAAAUGAAUACGGUGAAUUUCUGAUGAUUUUGUGCUCGUUUUAGAAGCAGGGAAGUACGGAGCCGAUUCGAAUGCAAUUUAGGAUUGGCUCACGAGGAUUGGAACGAGCAAAUUGA